AUGGAUAUCACUCAUGCCCUGGUGCUUGGUGCUGUUCUUGCACUGUGUGUGUUCUACGCUCGGCUCAACAGCAAGUUCUCUCGACUGCCUCCUGGCCCACCUGGACUACCCAUCAUUGGCAACAUUCUCCAAGUACCCUCCAAGCUUACCUUCCUGAAAUUCGCACACUGGGUGAAGCAGUAUGGCCCAAUAUACAGCAUCAAUGUUCUGGGACAACCAUGGGUCGUGAUCAGCGAUAUUGACACGGCCGCCGAUAUCUUAGACCGGAUGUCGAAUGAGACUGGCGAACGUCCUCGAUUGAUCAAGGCUAAUGAGUUUCUAGAACAUGGGCGUAAUUUGUCUAUAAUGCCUAAGAAUGACCUAUGGCGUGCCAUGAGGAAAGCCACGCACGAAAGUCUGAAUGGUCGAGCGAUAACGAAUCGUCUAUUUAUCCAAGAGGAGGAGGCUGCGCUCCAGGUCCAAGGACUACUACUUCACCCCGAGAUUCCGAUAGAAGCUCCCGUACAUCGAAUUACUUCGUCACUCAACAUGCGUAAUCUUUAUGGCAUGCCGUCCAUUCCUCUCCAAGGACCAAGUCCAUCGCAUCGUCUGGAAGAGAUCGGUAAGGUUCUGUUCGACGCGAUGGUGCCCGGUCGAUCAGCAGUGAAUAUAUUCCCUCCCUUAAAGUAUUUGAUUGCCCGAUCCCAAUGGUUGAGAGGCCCGGCAGACAAGAUCUAUAAGGAGUCUACGGAUGAGUGCAUUAAGCUGCUGAGAAGCGAGCCGGUUGAUGGAGACCGGUUCCUCAGUAGCGCACUUCGAGAGAAGCAAUCCAUACACGGUAUGUGCUUGGAAGAUUCCGCCUGGUUAGUUGGUAUGCUCCAUCUAGUCGCGCAAUAUACUACGUCCAUAGCCAUUCUCUGGCUAAUCAUGGCCUUCACGCUCUAUCCGGAAGUUGUCAAGAAAGGCCAGCUGGAACUCGAUUCUGUUGUUGGACACCAUCCUCCAACAUUCGAAGAUUUAACACAAUUGCCGUACCUCGAAGCGAUUGUCAAGGAAGUCCUGCGAUGGCGUCCCCCGGGUCCAAUGAGUGUGGCAAUAAACCGUGACCCGACCGCUUAUUCAAACGGUCACGGAUUCAACCCGGAUCGUUUCCUCACUUCAGAAAACGAGAUUCGUGAGCCACCUUCUGAUACACACGAUGACUUUCUCUCCUUUGGCUAUGGUCGACGAGUUUGCCCCGGGAGAGAGGUUGCUAUCCGGACUCUUAAAAUCUGCGCUGCCUAUCUGCUCUGGGCAUUCGACUUCCAGAAGGCAAGAGACGACGAUGGGAACGAGCUAUUCCCAAACGACAUGGAUAUGAUGGAUGUGGGGCCCACUGUAUAUCCUGCACCUUUCCAAUCCCAAAUGAUUCCCCGUCAUCCGGAUCUGGAGGAACGACUGCGCCAUUGUGGACCCAAAUAA